UAAAAAUAUAAUUUCAAAAUGGAUUGGAAAUUUGACUACGUAGAACUUGUCAACAAAGUUAAAUACCAGCUUCACUCUAAAGGGCUGGACUGCAUCACUGGUAUUUAUGGCCAUUUCCAGAAAUACGAUGUAGACAAUUCUGGGCAGCUAGAUAAAGUAGAAUUUGAGUUAUUCAUGAGGAAAAUGGGCAUGUUCCUGACAACCCAAGAACUCACAGUCGUCUUCACAAAGUUCGACCUCAAUGGAGAUGGACAGAUCCACUACCAAGAGUUCUUUGAGGUCCUUAGAAGAGAAUUCAAUGAAAAGAGAGAAUCUGUAGUAAAGUAUGUCUGGGACUUGCUUGACCAGGACAUGGCAGAAACUUUAGAUUUCUCUUAUCUCACUUCUUCAUUCCAAGCUGCUAACCAUCCAAGAGUUAAGCUCAGAGAGAAGACUGCUGAGCAGGUCCAAGAAGAGUUCGAAGUUGGUCUUGGCUACAGAUGUAACGAUGGGCCUGUGAGCAAAGAUGCUUUCUUCGACUAUUACGCAGAUGUCAGCGCGUGCCUCCCAGCAGAGAAGGAUGAAUACUUCAUCGACUCUGUUCUAGAAUCUUGGGGCCUCUCUCAAGAAAAUUAUGUCACUCCUGAAAGAAUCGCUGAGCUGGAGGACAUUCUCUAUGAGAAGGUGAGACAGAGAACCCACGGAGCUGAUGACGAAGGAAAGACUGCAGGCAAAGUUUUCAGACAUUUCGACAAGGAUGAAUCUCAUUCAGUCUCCUUCGAAGAAUUUUGUCAAGCUCUAGAAGCUUACGGAUGAGUAUUUAAAGAGAAUGAGAUCCAAGCUUUCUUUAAUAAAAUCGACAAGGAUGGAUCUGGAAAACUCGAUUACGUUGAGCUAACCAGUAUUCUUGCACUGAAAGGUAGCGGUAACAACCCCAAUGUCAACCCCGUAUGGAAGCUGAAAGACCCUGAGCUGCAGAGCCUAUAUGAGACUAAAUAG